ACUCUCGAACUUUUUGCGUUUCUUCAUGGGCAUUUCAUAAUUUGUAGUUUUGCGAAUUCUGGUGUUUGUUGAUUGCUCUGUUCUAUUCUUUACCAAUCUGAAUUUCCAGUUCUUUUUUAUUCCUCCGUUUUUCUUUCCAUAUUCGAGUAUGAGAUGGGGAUUGUUUUGUCUCUUUCUAGAAAUGCGUAGCUAGAGAAUUUUUAUCAUUCUGUUGAUGAUGAUAGCCACAUUGGUCAUGAUAAUUUUUAUCAUUCUCUUCAUAUGGGUUUGUUUCGUUUUGAUGGUUUAAUUGGGUACUCAAGUGCAAUUGAACUCUUGAAGUUUGUUAUUUUUAGUUAUGUAUCUUGAAAUGUGAUACUUCUCGGGAAGAAUUAGAGUGUUCCAUGUAUUGUCGAGGUUGAGUUUGAAGCAUAAUGGCUGGUCUGGUUUGUUGUAGAGCGCAGCAGCUGAGCCUGCUGGCAGUGGCUUAUCUAACUCUUGCAAAAUAGUAUUAAUAACAAGAGAGAACCAAAAACGAAUUUUUUUUCUGCCAGGGAAUAAACUUUGUGGUUUAUGCUCUUGGAAGCUUUCCUUCUCUACAGGGCUUGUUUUGGACUAGAUUGGCCGGUAAUCUGGUGGUUUAGGCGAUUGUAGAGCCAAGAUUCAGGAACUGUUGGUGGGUUUUGUGGACUAAUGCUUGUGGUGCUCUCCUCUAGAACAUUUGCUAGUAGGAAAGAGAGAGAAAAGAAAAAGAAAAGAAGAAAAGAAAAGAAAUGAGGGUGGGUGAGUAGGCAGGAGAGAGUGGCUUUGGGAAGUUAUUGUUGCUUUAUUUCCUCAAAGAGACAGAGGGAUUUCCUUGAUCUCAUUUUUUGAAUCAAAGGCUUUGGCAUCAAGUGGAGAAGAUGGAUCCAAGGCUUCAUUUCCUCAUACAAUUUCUCCAAUAUUAUAAAUGGCAAUUCUGGUGCAAAGAUUAUGGCCUCAAGGGGUCUUUGGAAAGCAAAACUAUGUAAUCUUGGCCGAGGCAGAUAUACAGCAGCGACAGGAGGAAGACAUCAUGAGAGUAUCCACUGUUCUUUCUAUUUCAAAAGUAGCCGCGAGCAUCUUGCUCCGAUAUUACAACUGGAGUGUCAGUAAGGUGCAUGAUGAAUGGUUUGCAGAUGAAGAAAAGGUCCGUAGAUCUGUUGGCUUACUAGAAAAACCAAUUUUGCGACAUUCCAAUGAAGCAGAACUACCUUGUGGUAUAUGUUUUGAAAUCUAUUCACGUGAUAAGAUCCAGUCUGCUGCUUGUGGUCAUCCAUUUUGCAAUGCGUGUUGGACAGGUUAUAUUAGCACAUCUAUCAAUGAUGGUCCAGGAUGUCUAAUGUUGCGAUGUCCAGAUCCAUCUUGUGGUGCUGCUGUUGGUCAAGAUAUGAUAAAUUUAUUAGCUUCUGAUGAUGACAAAAAGAAGUACUUCCGUUAUUUUGUUCGAUCCUAUGUUGAAGACAAUAGGAAGACCAAAUGGUGCCCCGCUCCAGGAUGUGAUUAUGCUGUAGAUUUUAUAGUUGGAAGUGGAAGCUAUGAUGUAACUUGCAGAUGCUCCUAUAGCUUUUGCUGGAAUUGUACUGAGGAAGCUCAUCGUCCUGUUGAUUGUGUCACUGUAGCUAGAUGGAUAUUGAAGAAUAGUGCUGAGUCAGAAAAUAUGAACUGGAUAUUGGCAAAUUCCAAACCUUGUCCGAAAUGCAAACGACCUAUUGAGAAAAAUCAAGGGUGCAUGCAUAUUACUUGCACACCACCUUGUAAAUUUGAGUUCUGCUGGCUUUGCCUUGGUCCGUGGUCUGAUCAUGGAGAGAGGACAGGAGGAUUCUAUUCAUGUAAUCGCUAUGAAACUGCAAAGCAGGAGGGAGUGUAUGAUGAUGCCGAGAAGCGCAGAGAGAUGGCCAAGAAUUCUUUGGAGAGGUACACUCAUUAUUAUGAAAGAUGGGCUACCAACCAAUCGGUAUGCUUUUUAUUUCCUGAGACUUUUGAACUUCUGUUCGUUUAUUAGGUGCUGGUUAUUCCC